AUGACGUCCGAUAUCUACGAUUCGGAUGAUGCGAUGAAUCGCUCCCCUCAACUAGAACCUCAAAAGAUCAAUUAUGGAUUGGAUGCGGACCGACCGCCGUUCGCCUCGAACGAGGCCGAGUGCACCAAGGGAACGGAUGAUCGUUCCCGUAAGCUGCACCAGACGGAGACCCCGAUGCAAACGCAUUACGGCGACGGCGUGCUGAUGAGGUUUAUGGCACCAGACUAUCCGGAAGUUGCUGUGCAUGCUGAGAAGCACCCUUUGGAAUUAUCUCCUAGGCAAGCUCAGAAGGAAGAGAAGGUUAGACCAAAGGAUCAUCCGCCCGUGAAGUUCGAGUCGAAGCCUCCCCUCCUACCUGCGAUAACCACUUCCCCAAAGAGGGAUCGUGUCAAGGUGGAAGAUCCUAAGUCACCUCCUCAACCAAUCCACCCUCCGACUAGCUUCCCUCCACCUCUACCAUUCCAAGAUUCCAAACCGUCUUUCUCCUCACCUCGUCGUCCUCGCCUGUUGUCCCUUACAGCUCCGUCACCGCCCUCCAUAUCUUUCGGAUCUUUAGGAUCCGACCACCGCAGAGCCUCAACCUCAGAAGGGUUCUCCCCUCAAGACUUGAAGUCAAAUGCAGAACUCAGGUCUCAACUCUCCCUGCCCUCCCUCCAAUCCCUCCAAUCUCCACCAUCUUCCGUUGGCGGCCCUUCCCCCGGUGCCUGUCAUACACAAACCUUACCGUCGUUGAAGUCUACCUUGGGACCUGAAUUCACAUCGCGGAUCAAUGGCUUCUCGCCUGCAUCAUACUCUUCUUAUCCUCUAUCUGCUUCCUCCCGCAAUGAUUCCCCCCAUGAUCGCCAAUUACCUAGUAUUUUACCACAGAAUAUUCCGCCAAGUCCGUUCUCUCAUUUCUCCCCAUUGAGCACGAAAGAUAUAUCCAAUAAUCCUUCACCGGCAUCUCAGCCAUCAUUCUGGCACACACCUACUUCAGCCGUGUCAACCGUGCCGUCUCUUCCUCCGCCUGGACCUCCUUCUAAAUCAUUACCGCCACCUCCGCCUCCACCACCAUCGGAUACACACCAGCCCGCGACGCCUUAUGAGACGUCCCCGCUGACUGCUAAAAGCCCAACUGCGAGUUACCCUACUCCAACAGAACCUGUGGCCCCUACAGCCGGUGGUGAUCGGUCAUCGUUUAGCUCACAUCCUUCACCCAAUGGGGGAAGCAUCUCGAGCAUUGGCACCUACAAGUGUACGCAUUCGGGAUGCACUGCAGCACCGUUUCAAACCCAAUAUCUACUCAACUCCCAUGCCAAUGUGCACUCUCAAGAUCGACCACAUUUCUGUCCCGUAGAAGGAUGUGCUCGCGGUUUAGGCGGGAAAGGAUUUAAACGUAAAAAUGAGAUGAUGCGACACGGUCUAGUGCAUAAUUCGCCUGGCUACGUCUGUCCUUUCUGUCCGGAUCAACAACAUAGAUAUCCACGACCAGACAAUCUUCAACGACAUGUUCGAGUCCAUCACGUUGAUAAAAGCAAAGACGAUCCGAUACUCCGCCAGGUCCUUGCACAACGUCCCGUAGGCAGUACCCGAGGUCGUCGACGACGACUGAAUGGAUGA